CGUGGCCAGUUUGGCUCGUCUUGGUGGUCGGACUAACCUAUUCGUCGCGGUAAUCGGAUUAGUUCUUCGAACAAAAACGAGCUCCUGUUUCUCUCUGUGUGUUCAAUCGAGACGUAAACCUUAAUAAAUAUUUGUGAACGUAGGAGACUCUAAGAUGUCUCUCAAACUUGAAACUUCUCGCUAGUAAAUUUAAUUUAAAAGAGACACAAGCAUCGUCAAGAAGAAGUCCAUCCAUUUAUAAUACAUUGUUUAUUUUAUUAUUCUUCUUGGUAAGGGAAGUAUUCCUUCCUCUUCAUUCCGUGAGAAAUAAAACGGCACAGUUUUCUCGGUGCGCGCAGUGAACAGCGCAGUUAAAGUGUCCAAGAGUCGUGUUGACCGCCUAGUUCCUCCGGAGGUACACCCAGAGCUCUUUCCUUUUAUCUCAAUGAGACUUUCAGUCGUUCUAUCGGGGAUCUCGCUAAAGAUAAAGUUAAAGAUUGUCCCAGCGAAGUAGCUCGAUCAAUUAAAGAGCAAGAAGUCCUCCGUACGGGUUCUCCAACGUUUGACACGGUCUCUUCGUUGCUGUCAUACGGAAGACGACACCAGCGAACGAAGAUCGAACGAGUCGGAGGAGCACGGUAUCGCGCGGCAUGGUACACUACGGAUGCGCGAAAACCGACAGCGGUGGAGUCGAGUGCUUCGUCGAGUUCAAGGAAUCCAGGGUGGCCAGCUCCCAGAUGCCGAGGGAUCACAAGGUGGGCGCGAUGACGAAGCUGGUGGAGGUCCUCGCUACCAUCGGGUCCGUUCUGUUGGUGCUUGUCACGUUUCCGUUCUCUUUGUGCUUCACGUUCAAGGUCGUGCAGGAGUACGAGAGGGCUGUGGUCUUCAGGAUGGGACGCUUGAAGGAGGGAGCUUAUGGACCAGGAACGUUCUUCGUGAUGCCCUGCGUGGACAGUUGCGUCCGUGUGGAUUUGAGGACGGUAUCCUUCGACGUCCCUCCCCAGGAAGUCCUCACCAAGGACUCCGUGACAGUGAGCGUCGAUGCGGUGGUCUACUACCGCAUAAAGGAGCCCCUGAACGCCGUCGUCAAGAUAGCAAAUUACAGUCACUCGACUCGACUGCUGGCUGCCAGCACGCUGAGAACAGUCCUCGGGACGAGGAGUUUGGCCGAGAUCCUGUCAGAGCGGGAGAACAUCUCGCACACCAUGCAGACGUCUUUGGACGAGGCCACGGAUCCUUGGGGUGUUAAGGUUGAACGCGUCGAAAUAAAGGACGUUCGACUUCCGGUGCAGCUGCAACGAGCCAUGGCCACGGAGGCGGAAGCUACACGGGAGGCACGAGCAAAAGUGAUUGCGGCGGAAGGAGAGAUGUUGGCUUCCCGUGCUCUGAAAGAGGCCAGCGACGUCAUUUCCAUGAGUCCAGCAGCCCUUCAGCAGCUUAGAUACCUGCAGACGCUGAGCAACAUAUCCGCGGAGAAGAACUCGACCAUCAUCUUUCCGCUGCCUGUGGAACUGCUAACGCCGUUCCUCAACGGCGGUUUCCGGGGGAACGUCAAUCAGAACGCGGAGCAGGGGGACGCAAAGUCGGUUAAAGUUCAGUGCGACGUUCACUCGAACCUCGACAAUCUUCGGGUGAUGACACAGUAAGAUCAGAAUCGCUAUACUUUCGUGGCUUUCGCAAAUUUGUCAACGUUACUUUCAAGACUUUCCUACCUGAUGUUACAAAUCUAAUUCACAGUGCCAUGCAGAUCAAUAGGAUAUGCAACUUUGGGAAUUUACACUGUAAUAAAACAGACUUUUUCGAUUAUUUCAUUGUCUCCCACUAGCAAUUUCAAGUUGUUACUUUUGGGCCAAUAUGUAGCGUCCAACUGUGACAACCCUGUAACCUUCAUAAAUUUGUACAAUACAGUCAGGACUUAUCCAGCCUUUACUGUAAUAGGUCUCCCCGUCUAUAAAUAAAUAAUUUCGUUAA